AUGGCGAGGGAGCUCCUGUUGCUCUAUGGCCGUCUGGUGACGCGUUCGGCCGACGUCGUGGCGGGCAUCGGCGGCGAGGGCAUCGGCUUGGCGACGUGGGGCAAGGGAGGGCGGGCAUCUCAGCGACGUGGGGGGGAGGCUGGGCAUCUCAGCGGCGUGGCGGCAUCUCAGCGACGUGGGGCAAGGGAGGGCGGGCAUCUCAGCGACGUGGGGCAAGGGAGGGCGGGCAUCUCAGCGACGUGGGGCAAGGGAGGCUGGGCAUCUCAGCGACGUGGGACGAGGGAGGGCGGGCAUCUCAGCGACGUGGGGACGAGGGAGGCUGGGCAUCUCAGCGACGUGGGCGAGGGAGGGCGGGCAUCUCAGCGACGUGGGCAAGGAGGGCGGGGCAUCUCAGCGACGUGGGGCAAGGGAGGGCGGGCAUCUGAGCGACGUGGGGCAGGGAGGGCGGGCAUCUCAGCGACGUGGGACGAGGGAGGCGGGCAUCUCAGCGACGUGGGGCAAGGGAGGUCGGGCAUCUCAACGACGUGGGGCAAGGGAGGCUGGGCACUUAGCAGGACGAGGAGGGCGGGCAUCUCAGCGACGUGGGAAAGGGAGGGCGGGCAUCUCAGCGACGUGGGACAAGGGAGGGUCGGGCAUCUGAGCGACGUGGGACAAGGGAGGCGGGCAGCGACGUGGGACUGGGCAUCUCAGCGACGUGGGAGAGGAGGGCGGGCAUCUCAGCGACGUGGGGCGAGGGAGGCUGGGGCAUCUCAGCGACGUGGGACAAGGGAGGAGGGGGCAUCUCAGCGACGUGGGAACAAGGGAGGGCGGGCAUCUCAGCGACGUGGGGCAAGGGAGGUGGGCAUCUCAGCGACGUGGGCAAGGGAGGGUGGGCAUCUCAGCGACGUGGGACGGGGAGGGCGGGCAUCUAGCGACGUGGGCAGGCAUCUCAGCGACGUGGACAAGGGAGGGCGGGCCAUCUCAGCGACGUGGGGCAAGGGAACGUGGGACAAGGGGCGGGCAUCUCAGCGACGUGCGGGCAGGGAGGGCGGCAUCUCAGCGACGUGGCGAGGGAGGGGGGGCAUCUCAGCACGUGACGAGGGAGGGCGGGCAUCUCACGACGUGGGCAUCUCGACGUGGACAAGGAGGGCGGGCAUCUCAGCGACGGGCAAGGGAGGUGGCAUCUCAGCGACGUGCGACGUGGCGAGGGAGGCUGGGCUUCCGACGUGGGAGGAGGGCGGCAUUCAGCGACGUGGGACAAGGGAGGUGCGGCAUCUCGCGACGUGGGCGAGGAGGCGGCAUUCUCACGACGUUGGGGAGGGAGGCUGCACUCAGCGACGGGGGCGAGGGAUGGCCGGGCAUCAUAAUGAGGUGGCCCCGAUGGACGCUGGCUCAUCUUCUCGGCAGGAGCCGCGAGGGCACGGGCCGCCUAAAGGCACUCUCCUGGCUGCUAAAUCCUUCUUCAAGUGGGGUGCGAUGCGCAGGCGUGACGUCACGGGGUUCUUGGCGGUGAUUGGUUCCUUUCACAGGCGGCCAUUAAGAUUGGAGGUCAAUGGAUGA